GACACUGGCUCUGCGGCCCCGGUGCCGCGCUGGGAGAGGAGGCUGGUCAUCGCUGCCCUCGCGGUCCACGUCGUCGACGUGGGCCUCGACGUCGUCAUCGUCUGCCUGUUUUUGAGGCACAUGCAGUGGGGCUUCUUCUUCGGGGGCCUCGGCGUGAUCCUCUGGGCCUGGCUCGUCUCCAGCCUGUACGUCUCCUUCGGCGGCG